AUGACUCCAGUGGCUUCCAGCUGUGUGCCAAAAUCAAUCUGCAGUGAGAGCUGUCCUCCUGGCACAAGGAAAGCUGUACAAAAAGGAAAACCUAUCUGUUGUUUUGACUGCAUACCAUGUGCUGAAGGAGAGAUCAGUAAUUUGACAGAAUACUGGUCGAAUCAUCAAAGAGAUCAAUGUAUUAAAAAGGAAAUUGAAUACUUGUCCUAUCAGGAAACUAUGGGAAUUUUGCUGACAUCUGUUUCUAUUUUUGGUGCAUUUAUGACAACGGUAAUCACAAUCAUAUUAUUUAGACAUAAAAAUACACCCAUAGUCAAGGCUAACAACUCUGAGCUGAGCUUCUUGCUGCUCUUCUCUCUGACUCUGUGUUUCCUUUGUUCACUGACUUUUAUUGGUCAACCCUCUAGUUGGUCCUGUAUGCUGCAACAGACAGCAUUUGGGAUCACCUUCGUUCUUUGCAUCUCCUGUGUACUGGGGAAAACAAUAGUGGUGUUAAUGGCUUUCAGGGCUACACUUCCAGGCAGUAAUGUCAUGAAAUGGUUUGGGCCUCCACAGCAAAGGCUUAGUGUUAUAACUUUUACUCUUAUACAAGUAUUAAUUUGUGUGCUUUGGUUGACAGUAUCUCCUCCUUUCCCCUUUAAAAACCUAAAGAGCUACAAGGAAAAGAUAAUUUUAGAAUGUAAUGUGGGCUCACCUAUUGGUUUCUGGGCUGUGCUGGGCUAUAUAGGGUUUUUGGCUAUUUUAUGCUUUGUUUUGGCUUUCCUGGCACGGAAGUUGCCUGAUAAUUUUAAUGAAGCCAAGUUUAUCACAUUCAGCAUGCUCAUAUUUUGUGCAGUUUGGAUCACAUUUAUUCCAGCUUAUGUCAGCUCUCCUGGAAAAUUCACUGUAGCUGUGGAGAUAUUUGCAAUUUUAGCAUCAAGCUUUGGCUUGCUAUUCUGUAUAUUUUUUCCAAAGUGUUACAUAAUAAUACUCAAACCUGAGAAGAACACUAAAAAACAACUCAUGGGGAAAAUGUAA